AUGACUGCCGAAUUUUUACAAGAAAUUACUUUCCAUAAAUACCUAUUUAAUGCUUCAGAAACAGGAGAGCCAUUUGAGAUAUUUAUUGAUAUUAGAGAUUGCUUAAAUUACGAUUGGGAUCAAAUUAACUCUCAUAAGCAAUUGUCUUAUGCAGAAGGAAUCGUAGAUAUUUAUGGUAUUUCCCAAGAUCCUAAAACUAAGAAUUAUGUUAUGGUUAUGAGAUAUAUAAGUGGUGGUGAUAUGAGACAAUAUUCAAAAAUUGCUAAUAAGCAGUUGA